GCUCUCGGGUGGAUAUCCGAACGCGAUUGACCGCUUUACGUUUUAUUGUGCCGAGCGCGGCCGCUUAACUGUUCGCGUGUGUCUAUUAAACGUUGAUUUAAAAAAAAGUGCAGUGAACUUACUUUUCCUAUUAUAGUCUGUGGUAUUUUUGUUUGAAAGUUUUCUUUUCUUUUGUUGUUCAUAGGUACAUAAUGUAAACCUUGUCACACCAAAACAAUGUCGUCACAAAUCAUGUCGCAUGGUAUCUACCGUCGGGAUUCAAACGAAAUCCAAGAAAAACCGCUAGAAAUCGACACGGAAUCGAACCCAGACCGCAGCCGAUCGAAUAGCCCUAAAAACAUGAAAUUUUAUAAACAAAUGGAUGACGAGAAAACCAUUCUGAAUCAGGGAAAGAAAUCUUUUUGCAUAGACGCGUUGCUCUCAAGACAGUUACCUGAAAAUAGUCUUCAAGACAAAAUGGCUCACCAAAAAUAUUUGACAAUAAUCCACAAUAAAAACUAUAUCGGCAGGUAUCAAGAAAAUUACGAUUCACAAAUUGAGCAGAAUAUGAUAAAUAAAUGUGAGGGUCGGGAGAGUCCUACGUCUGGACAACGGAGUCCCAGGUCUGGGCAGAGCAGUCGGUCGGCUAGUCCAGGGUCUGAUGAUGGGAACCGGUCUGGGAGUUACAGUCCACCGAUAUCGCCAGGAGUGGAAGGUGGCAAUGAAGAGUAUGAGAGUUAUAGACCAGGUAUAAUCCCAAAACCAGGACUUCUACCUCAAAACCCAGCGCUGGUAGCAGCACAAUCAGCAGCACUCUUCAACUACCCCCAGCUGUCACAGCCGGGCGCUCUGCCCCCCGGGGCUCCACUGCCGUCCGCCUUCCACCACCCUGGAGACAGGGUGCUCCACCACAUGCAGCUGGAGUGGUUAGCAAGAACCGGCAUGUUUUAUCAUAGGAUACCUGAGCUUGGAGGUGCACCUCACGCUCUUCUUGGCAAGACCAGAAGGCCACGCACAGCAUUCACGUCACAGCAACUCCUGGAGUUGGAGAAGCAGUUCAGAAUGAAUAAGUACCUGUCCAGACCAAAGAGAUUUGAAGUAGCCACCAGCUUGAUGCUCACGGAGACUCAGGUAAAAAUCUGGUUUCAAAACAGAAGAAUGAAGUGGAAACGAUCAAAAAAGGCGCAACAGGACUCUAAGAAUAAAGAUACGCCACAGACUGAAGACAAGAAACCAAAAGAAAUACCAAAUGAACAAGAAAAACCUCCUUCAAUGGCGGGAGAUUUGACAGCUGUCAAACCUAUGUUAGACAGGGACAGAAUUAUCGCGCUAGAGAGAGAAAGGGCGAUGGCUGCAGCGAAUUUUAAUUCGAAUUUGGAAAAUAGGCGCGGAUUGGUCGUUAUGAAUCAAGAUGGCGGUAGACCUAUGGACAUGUUUAGGCCGUAUGUGGUAUGAGAGUAAAAUUAUCUUUUCGUUUUUUAUUAAUUCGUUAUUUUUUUAUGAAAUAACUAUAUAAUUUACUUUUUAUGUUGCAUAACAAUAUUUUUUAAUUCAUGAGUUGAGUUUUAAGACUUUUUUAAUUGAGGCUGUAUUAAUAAGGACUUAGAUUUGUCAAAAACGUAUACUAUUUAAAUAAAAUUAAGCUAGAUAACCUGUCCUAGUCAAGCAUAGUGUAAAUUUAUACAUUAAUAUAGUUAAAUAAUAGUGAUAAUGUAAAUAAUAAUUAUUGUAUUGAGCAAUCUAAUAAUAAUACACCUUUUUCGAGGUUAUAUGACGUCAUAUGUAAGUACAAUCGACAAAGUUGGCGGUCGACCACCAUUAGACGAUAUUCGAAUGCACGCAUCGCGAGUGACCACAGGGAAAACGCCCGGUGCGGUGGAUAGGGAGUUUACCACAAGAAACUUUGUCGAUAGUACGUAAUACACUGACCUAUUCUUAAAGAACUACCAAAAUCCAUUUCUUUAUUUUUGACAUAUUAUAGGUAUCCCUACAGUAAUGUAUGUACCCCAUACCACAAAAAAACGGUGAUUGGUCCUAGCCUAAUUAGUUGAAUUGCUGAAACCUAACCGACAACACCAUUAGAUUACAUAACAUUAGCGAUAAAUUGAUUAUAAUGGACCUUCCACUAUAGCGCCUCUAGUGACAAGAAACGUCCAAUUCAGUCAGUUGGUUACGGAACUCCGUCGUGUACAGACGUCUUCACAAAUUCCAAAAAUAAACUUAUUACACUGAAACGUUUGUGAAUGUAUAGUUAUAUUAUAUCCUAUUAGAUUACAUACCUAAUAUAAUUAUUAUAAGGACUGAAGCAGG